CCUAUGGCAAAAAAAAAAAAAAAAAAAACAAAACCACCGCCGUCCGUUUCAGUGCGAUAAUCGGAAUGGCAGUGGGGAACCGUCGCGGGAUGUCGACUCUACCUUCGGAGUUUCCACACGUCUCUCGGAGCAAGAGUCCUAUGUUCUCUAUUCGACUCCCCGGUGGAAUUUCUACGGCAGGCCACGGUGGAGGACAAGAAACUGUUUCAACAGUGCUGCUGGGGCUCGUCCCGGCGGGCAGGAACUCUUCGCGUGGACGGAAUGGUGAUAUUAGCUUUCUGGAAGAAACCCGAAUCUGACGUUGGUGAUUGUUAUAUUGGGAUGCGGCGGCGUAAAACUAUGCCGACUUCAGCGGAGAUGAAGGGCUUGGGCCGUGUUUUCGUCUUCAUUUGGCAGGCAUCAAUGGUUGCUGGAAGUUCACUAGGAGCGUCAUCAUCAUCACCAAAAUCAUGUCAACCUUACCAUGUGUUUCUCAGCUUUAGAGGGUCCGACACUCGUAAAAACUUUACUGAUCACCUUUACCAAGCUUUGACAUGGGCGGGGAUCCGCACAUACAGGGACAACGAUGAGAUCGAGAGAGGAGAUGAUAUUGUGCUGGCGAUUAAUAAGGCAAUAGCAGAGUCCCGAUUGUCAUUGAUUGUGUUUUCACCAAACUUUGCCUCUUCUAGUUAUUGUCUUGAUGAGGUUGUGAAGAUUAUGGAAUGUAAAGAAAACAACGUGCACACGGUUGUUCCUAUCUUCUAUAAUGUGUCACCAUCGCAAGUCUCGGAAGAGUCAGGGACUUAUGUUAAAGCAUUAAGAAGACAUGGAAAUGUUGAGAGAGUGGACAAAUGGUGGCAAGCCCUUAAAAAGAUAACAGAUCUUGGAGGCAUGGUUUUGGGAGACAGGCAUGAGGCAGGUUUUAUUCAAGAAAUUGUCAAAAAAGUCGAUCGCAGAUUGAAACGUAUAAAGCGGCCUGUUCCGUCCUACGUAAUUGGUAUAGAAUCUCAUAUUGAAGCCAUUAACAAGUGGGUAGCAUAUGAGUCUAGUGAUGUGGAUGUUGCGAUCAUCUCUGGGGUUGGUGGAGUUGGGAAGACUAUAAUCGCUAACAUAGUCUUUAAUAUGAACAUUGAAACUUUUGAUGUCUGGAGUUUUCUUCAGGAUGUUGAUGAAACCUCAAAACAGCAGGAUGGGUUGGUUAAUUUACAGAGGAGCCUGGUGUAUGAUAUCUCCAAAGGAGCCCUCGUGGACUACAAAGGCAUUGACCUUGAGCAUGUUACAUGCAACAAAAGAGCCCUUGUUGUGCUCGACAAUGUUGAUACCUGGGGUCAACUCUUGGGUAUUCUAAGCAAGCCUCAAUACCUCCACAAGGGGAGUAAAAUAAUCAUUACAACCAGAUGUAAAGAGUUGCUCAAGAAACCUUAUGGAGGAGCUUGUAAGACGUUUUGGAUCAAUGGACUGGGUAAGGAUCAUGCACUCGAACUAUUUAGUUGGCAUGCCUUUGAUAAACCCAAUCCUGACGAGGGGUAUGUAGGUUACUCUGAGCAAGUAGUGCAACACUGUUCUGGGCUUCCUCUGGCACUUGAAUUGUUGGGCCUUUGUUUAUCAGAUAAGGAUAUGCAGUUGUGGGAAGUAGCAGCACAAGAACCAGAAACAAUUGAUGGUUCCACAAGGAUCCGGAGGACGCUUCAAAUAAGCUAUGACUCUCUAGAUGAGCGUGACAAAAUCUUAUUCCUAUACAUUGCUUGCUUCUACAUUGGAAGGGAAAAGGAUUCUGUUGUGAAAAUGCUACAAAGUAAAUUUGGUUAUAGACCACUUGGCAUUCAGGAGCUUAUCAGUAGAAGCCUUAUAUCAAUUGGUGGGUCUAACAGAUUGACAAUGCACCAAUUGAUUAGAGACAUGGGGAGAGAAAUCGUCCUCCUUAGAUCGAUUCAAUCUAUUGAAGAUCCUGGAGAACAAAGUAGACUGUGGCGCUAUAAUGACGCAAUCAGGGUAUUGAAGAGAGAUACUGGAGAAAUAGUGAGGAGCCUUAUCCUUGACCCGCCACUAGCAUAUGAAGUGGAAGUGGAAGCCUUCGCAAAAAUGAGAAAGCUGAAGCUACUUCAUUUAAACAAUGUAAAUCUUCAUGGAAACUAUAAGGGUUUCCCACAGAGUUUGCUCUGGUUGUGCUGGGAAGGAUUCCUUCUUCAAUCUAUGCCUGGUGAAGUUUCCUUGGAGGAUUUGGUUGUUCUUGAGAUGAGAAACAGCAAGAUCAGAAAUGUCCACGACAGUGCAUGGAUUCUACCCAACUUAAAAGUGCUUGAUCUCAGUCACUCAUGCAAUCUUAUUGCAACUCCAGACCUUUCCCGUUUCCCAAAGCUUGAACGGUUGAUACUCAGAGGUUGCACAAAUUUGGUUGAGAUACACAGUUCCAUUGGAGGUUUGGAGCGGUUAUCCUUUCUAGAUGUGAGCUAUUGCACCAGUCUCAGUAAGCUUCCACUGGGAAAUGGUGAUUUGAUGUCCCUAAAGGAACUUCAAGUGUCAGGUUGCCCAGGACUGGUUGAACGGUACUCUCUAGAUUCUGACAAAAUGGAAUUACCUGUGAGAAAAAGAAUGAGGAGAACCUCUAGUUUGGUUUCUGGUUUGCCACAUUUCUUGGUAUCCAUAAGUCUCUGCAGGUGCAAUAUGCAUGCUUUCCCUGAAGAUCUAAGUUCCUUGUCUUCACUCAAGUUCUUACACCUAAAUGAGAACCCGCUUACUUGUCUUCCAGAGACAAUCAAAAGCCUGAAAAUGUUGUUAGCCCUUUCACUUUUCCGGUGUGACAAGCUCGAGUCACUUCCUGAGCUGCCUUCAAGUGUACAAUCAGUGAUGCUCUUUGGGUGUUCCUCCCUGAAAAGGAUAACGAAUCUGCCACAUUUAUACUCAGAUACUGGCAUCCAAGUAUUCAUUAUUGCUAUGUCUUGUGGUCAAUUACUCGAAGUCAGAGGCAUUUUCAAAGUGGAACCACUUCGAGACACCGAGUUUUAUAUUAUGAGGGCUGGUUUACUUGGGAUUUCACUACGUCUCACUGUGGAGCCAUCUCCUAGCAGUGAAACGAUUCUGUACAAUCGUUUCACGUGGGGGAAGACGUCGUUACAGCAGCCACAGAUACUGUACGAAUUCGGGAUGUGGAGCAUUUUCUUUCCAGCACAGUGCUGGGCACUUCCAAGUGCAGCGAGGGCUGAGUUCAUCUCAGUUGAUGUUCCACCGAAAGAUGGCCACAACUUAUUGGGCUUGAAUCUUAUCAUUGCAUACAGAAAUGUAUCACUUGUACCCUCAGGACUAUCAAUUACUGUGGAGAUCAGUAAUGAGACCAAGUCUCUGAAGUGGACUUACAAACCCAUCGUUCUAGGAAUCUGCGAUGGACCCAACAAUAUCAUGCUAUGGCUAAGCCGUUGGACAUUCAGGAAUCAGGUUGAGACGGGAGAUCGACUGAAGAUCGGAGUCCGUGGAGACAGGGGUGUGGAGAUACUGACCUCUGGUGUCGUGUUGGACUUGAAGAAUGAACUAGUGGUUGAGGGAAGAGCCUCUUGUGCAGUCAGAGCUCUUUGUGAUGUGGAUAUAUCAGCCUAUGAAGUUGGGCGAGGUACAUAUGAGCUGGACAAUUCUCUGGACCGACAGCUACAGCUCCUUAUUAUGCAGGCUCACAAUAACCCACACCGACCUGACCGGUCCGAUUGGUUGGACCGCAGUCAACGCGAAGUUUUUGCUGAUGUUAAUGCUUGGAUUGGGCAAGUUUCUUCGAUGCUGAAGGCCCUCGAGGACGAGUCCUCGAAUGACGGAUCAACUAGUACAACACUAUAGUGAAUCCUACCUCUACAAGGAUUUGGAGUUUUGGGAAAGCUUUGGUCUUCCCCUCUACCGUUUUGCUGGUACUUGGUUUACUUGUGUUGUCGUUUGGGGAUACUGCUACUUACACAGGCCAGUUGCCCACAUGACGUUUGGCUCAAUUUACUUAUUCCAAAGAGAAAGAAAAUGAUUGAUAAUGAUGCCAGGUCUGGGUACUGAUGCAGAAGGGGAUCAAAAGACGGUUGUUAAGUUUGAUCUGAUGUGUGAAUGCAUGAAUAUGCUUAUAGCGAUGGAUGUUAUCAUUAUUUUUGCAUGUUAAGCUCUUGGACUUGUGUAAGUGGGACGGCGCAAGGGAGAGAGAGACAAGCUUCCCUUGGACUCAAAGCAUUAUCAUUACAUGUAAAGCUUUUGGGGUGAGUCGUAAUGAAAGGAAUUACUUCCAUAUAACAGUUACAUACUUCCAUAUAUAUGUGUGUUUAGGAUUGAUUGGCGCAAUGUAUUUUGUUGUCCAAAUGUGAUGUUUUUAGUUGUUUGCAGCCUAUUUGUUGAUCG